AUGGAUGGAGUAAGCAACCUUCCCGACGACAUUCUGCUCCACAUCCUUUCCUUCCUCGAGGACUCGAAAAGCGCCGUCCAAACCAGCGUUCUCUCCAGGCGGUGGAGGCACUUGUGGAAAGACGUUUCUGCCCUCCACCUCGACCAGAACUCCUUCUCCACGAGGGAGCGCUGCCGAACCUUUGUACGCAACUUCCUGUCCCGACGGUCGACCCGCCUCGACAAGGUAAGCUUCACCACCAAUCACACGGAAGAGACUGGCAAAUUCCUCUGGUCCGACCACGAGCCGGAGUCGCUCGGCAUGGUCCUGGCCUACGACGGUCGGACCGGUCCCGACCACGACCCGAGCCGCCGCCGCCUCCUACGUCUACGUGCGUCCCUCGGCCAUCGCGGAUCCCUCGAGCUGUUCGAUUGCUUCGCCGUCGAGCUCGGCGUGGUUUUGAGGAGGUGCUUCGGAGCGCUGACCACCUUGGAGCUGCGUCACUGCCUGAUGACGUUCGACAACGAUGGAGGCGGCGAUCCUUUUGCUGCCCUUCCUCGUUUGAACUGCUUGAAGCUGCUCGACUGUCGUGUCCGGCGGCCGCGCCGGUGCCGGCGGUUCAAGGUGUCGGGGCUCCAGUUGCGGGAACUGGAGAUUCGUCAUCACAUGGCGGACGACGACGACGACGACAGUCUUGCGGUGAGCGAGGUGCUGGCUCCGAAGCUCGAGUCGUUCUGUUGUACGGGGCGCGUGAGCCGGGUUGAGAGGCUCCGCGAGUUGGACUUUCCUUGUCUUGUUCGCGCUAGCGUACACCUGACGUACUGUUCCGAGCGUGUGGCGAUGGGUUGGGUGAGUAACGUGACGAUGCGGCUGGUGCGUGGUUUGCGUAGUGCAGAGUCUCUCGACUUAUGUUUGAAAGAUAUGGUUGGAAGUACCCAUAAGUCACCACCAGUCACCCCUGGAAACAAGGCUACGGAGUAAAGUCUCUCGAUAUCAAAUGAGAAAUGAUGAAUUUUUUUAGUGUUUGAUAUCCACAUCAAACACGUGUCUCGACUAGCUACCGAGGAGAUUGAACGAUACCCUAGAUCCUCGAAAACGUUCUUUGUACUCGGAGUUUAGACAUUCAUCCUUUUUGUUAAUUAGUUUCGGCACUUUGCUUUGUUCAAUAUCCAUAGGCACCAUUUUGCUUUAAUCUAAAGAUGUCAAGGUGGAGUUGUUCUUCAAGAGAUCUGUC